GAGAGAGAAUUGCUUAUAGUGUUUGAAUAGAUUGUUACAUACUUGGCCGGGAAAAUAGUUGGUAAACAUGGCGGAUCUUGUUAACAGACAGAGGACAGAUAUCCUAGUCAAUGACAAGUACAGACUUAUGCGAAAAAUUGGUUCGGGGUCAUUUGGAGAUAUAUAUCUGGGGGUCAAUCAACUGACGGGUGAGGAAGUUGCAGUCAAGAUGGAAAAUAUAUACGCUAAACAUCCACAGCUUCAGUUCGAACACAAGGUUUACCGGCUGCUUGCAGGUGCAAUUGGUAUACCUCAAGCGAGAUGGUACGGCACUUGCCGAACAUACUGGGUUCUGGUGAUGGACCUUCUAGGUCCCAGUUUAGAAGACUUAUUCACCUUUUGUUGCCGACGGUUCACACUGAAAACCGUAUUAAUGCUUGCUGAUCAAAUGCUUGCACGGAUUGAAAAUGUUCAUAAUAAAAGUUUAAUUCAUCGAGAUAUUAAACCUGACAACUUCCUCAUGGGAAUCGGACGCCAUUGCAACAAGGUGUAUAUGAUUGAUUUUGGCCUAGCCAAACGCUACAGAGAUGUGCGUACAGGACGUCACAUCAGUUAUAGAGAAGACAAAAACCUUACUGGGACAGCAAGAUAUGCUAGUAUUAAUGCACACUUGGGCAUAGAGCAAUCUCGUCGAGACGAUCUGGAGUCUCUAGGCUACGUUUUGAUGUAUUUUAAUCGUGGAUCUUUGCCUUGGCAAGGUUUACGGGCGACCACAAAACGUCAAAAAUACGAAAGAAUUAGCGAGAAAAAGAUGUCAACACCUGUUGAAGUGUUAUGCAAAGGUUAUCCCGCCGAAUUUCAGAUGUAUCUGAACUACUGUCGAGGGUUGCGAUUCGAUGAGACACCUGACUAUAUGUAUCUUCGCCAGUUAUUCCGUAUUUUAUUUAGAACAAUGAGUCAUCAGUUCGAUUACGUUUUCGAUUGGACUAUACUUAAACAAAGAGGUCCUGCUGGUACUUCAUCUACACUUAAUGAGGACACUGGUAACCGUAUACAAGCUCUUCCAAAUUCUCCUGGUACAAGUGCUGCCCCUGAAGGUGAGGCUAAUGUAGAACACUCUGGCAACGCCACCGCUGGCAGCACUCAGGUUCCUUUUGGCAGAACAGGAUAGAUUUCAGCGUUAUUCUUGCUUUAGUUAAGUCGAACGCCUCUUACAUACAUCAACCUUUACUAAUUUUGAGCGGCCAAUUUUAAUCUUUCUGACUCAAAUCUAACAUUUUAGGGUGUUUGGGCAUUAAUUCUUUCUAACCGUUCAUGUCUUUCUACUUAUUUACUUAAUUAUAAAAACAAUGUAUCAAACGUUUAUGCUCACAAUUAUUGUUAAGAUAACUUUGAAUUUCUUGUGGUUAUAUUUGUUAUAUGGCUAUUUCGGAGCUCGAUAAUGAGAAACAAAUGUCUCCGCAUUAAAUUUUAGGUUUUAUUGUAGCACUGUACAUACAAGACAUGUCUUUAAUUAAUUACUUCAUUGUUCAUAUAUAUAUAUAUAUAUAUAUAUAUAUAUAUAUAUAUAUAUAUAUAUAUAUAUAUAUAUAUAUAUAAAGCUUUAUACUUUCUGCAAGGCUUUACGAGAUAGAUGUUACUGUCUGGUUGUUAGUAUGGUAUCAGACUGCAUACUUUUUUCGACAAUCAUUUUUAAAUCAGGGCUCAUUAGAGUUGUCAUCGCAACAAAGUAGCUGUUUUUAUUGGUUAUUGCAACUAAGGUUUCAGCGUAUGUUAAUUUGUUAUCAGCUGUAUGUUAUUUGUGAACUUCUUGCAGAUCAUUACUGAUAUUUGAUGACUUCUCCAGUGUUUGCCGUCUGUAACCUACAAUAUUUGUAAAAUAUAAACUUUCAGUUUUUACU